UUCAAGCUGUAGCAGCUCAAGCUGUAGCAGCUCAAGCUCUAGCAGUUCCAGCUCAAGCAGUUCGAUCUCUAGCAUUUCCAGCUCUAGCAGUUCCAGCUCUAGAAGUUCAAGCUCUCUCAGUUCAAGUUCUCCCGGUUCCAGCUGUAGCAGUUCGAGCUCUAGCAGUUCAAGCUCUUGCAGUUCAAGCUCCAGCAGUUCAAGCUCUCUCAGUUCAAGCUCUCCCGGUUCCAGCUCUCGCAGGCUCCAGCAGUUCCAGCUCUAGCUGUUCCAGCUCUAGCAGUUCAAGCUCUAGCAGUUCCACCUCUAGCGUUUCAAGCUCUAGCCAUUCAAGCUCUUGCAGUUCAAGCUCUAGCAGUUCCAGCUCAAGUAGUUCAACCUCUAGCAGUUCAAGCUCUAGCAGUUCAAGUUCUAGCAGUUCAAGCUCUACCAGUUCAAGCUCUAGCAGUUCAAGCUCACUCAGUUCCAGAUCUAGUAGUUCCAGCUCAAGCAUUUCAAGUUCUAGCAGUUCAAGCUCUACCAGUUCCAGCUCUAGCAGAUCCAGCUCUAGCAGUUCAAGCUCUAGCAGUUCAAGCUCACUCAGUUCCAGGUCUAGUAGUUCCAGCUCAAGCAGUUCAAGCUCUAGCAGUUCAAGCUCUAGCAGUUCCAGCUUUACCUGCUCAAGCUCUAGCUGUUCCAGCUGUAGCAGCUCCAGCUCUAGCAGGUCCAGCUCUAGCAGUUCAAGCUCCAGCAGUUCAAGCUCUAAGUGCUCAAGCUAUGGCAGUUCAAGCUCUAGGUUCUCCAGCUCUAGCUGCUCAUGCUCUAGCAGUUUAAUCUCCAGGAGGUCCAGCUCUAGCAGUUCCAGCUCUAGCAGUUCAAGCUCUAGCUGCUCAAGCUUUAUUCCAGCUCUAGCAGUUCCAGUUCAAGCAGUUUCAGUUCCAGCUCUAUCAGUUCCUGUUCUAGCAGUUCCAGCUCCAGCAGUUCAAGCUCUAGCAGUUUCGGUUCCAGCUCUAGGUGUUCCAGCUCUAGCAUUUCCAGCUCUAGCAGUUCAGGCUUUCCAGCUUUAG